AUGGCCGCUUCCACUUCAGCCGUGUCGAUGUCCAUGCCCCUGACUUACGCCAGCCAGAACAAGAUUCCGGCGCCGCAGGGGGGCUUCCUGUCGUUCAAGCCACUGCCGCCGGCAAGCUCGUCGUCGUCAUCAUCCAACGCCGUCAGGGCUUCCUUCAGGGAGAAGGCCGUCACCGGAUUGACCGCCGCCGCGCUCACGGCUUCCAUGGUCAUCCCCGAGGUGGCGGAAGCCGCCGAGGUCAGCCCCUCGCUCAAGAACUUCUUGCUCAGCAUCAUCGCCGGCGGCGUCGUGCUCACCGCCAUCAUCGGCGCCAUAGUUGGUGUCUCCAACUUCGACCCUGUCAAACGGACCUAA